GUAACUUGUCAUUCGUUGGAAUCAAUGGCUUGUUUUGGUGGCGACAGGUUAUCGACAAGAUUAACAUUAAGUAUUUCUUUAACUUUCGCUAUUAUGUUGCUUUUCUUUUCCGUAAAUUAUAUUGUUUUUCUAUGUCAACGAUAGCCAAUGUUGGCAAUUACUUCAUAUUUUUUAAAAGUGGAAUGAGUGCGUUUUAGCUAAUGGUUUUCUACUAGUUUGUCAUAUAAUGUUAGUUACUCAUUAAAAUACAUUUUCGCUGUGCACUGCUAAAUGUGAGCCGGCAGUAUGGCUGUUGCUGUGUUAGGAGCUAGAACGGUUCUUGUCAACAUGAGGUCCACUUUCCAAAGAGUACGGCUUUUUGGUCAAACCAGACUUAUCCAGAGUUCUAGGUCAUAUCUGGUCAAGAGGGGGCACGUUCUGACCAACAUCCCCAAGUUCGCGUUGCUGUUUUGGGGUACAGCAAGUGUACCCUCAGCCAAAUGCCAACAAGCUGCUCUGCCAGUCCAAAUCACCAACAGGAAGUCUCUAGCCAAGAUUCAAGUGCACAAACUAGUCUUUCUCAUCCGCCUAGGUGUGCGUGCGUUAGUGCUUUUCAUGAAAUUCUCCCCUUUCCUGCUUCUUUCCCCCUUGGUUCUGAUUUCCGCUCGCUGGGCAUCGUGCUGGUUGGAUGCCCUGCUGUGGGUGACUGAAAGCUCUGGCCCAGCCUUCAUUAAGCUGGGGCAAUGGGCCAGCACCAGGAGAGACAUCUUCCCUCAGGAGUUCUGCGACCGUUUUUCCAGACUUCACGUGAAGGUCCGUCCUCAUUCAUGGGCCCACACCAAGCUGUGCCUCAAAAGGGCUUUUGGAGAAGGCUGGAAGAAAGUUCUCAUGUUCGAGAGCAAAGAACCGGUGGGCUCAGGUUGCGUGGCCCAGGUUUACCGCGGCUGGGCCAAAAAGGAUCAGGUGGAGGACCCGGACUUUCAAACGCUAGUGGAGGAGAUGGAAAGGGAGGAUCUUCUAGAAGCGUGGGAGAUUCCUGGUCUGAGUGGAGUGUUGAGCUCUAUGUGGAAUUUCUGGAAAGGAAGAAACAAGGAAGAUGAGGAGAAGCUUCAUGAGAACACCUUGCACGAAGAUCACAGGAUACCUGUGGCUAUUAAGGUGCUUCAUCCAGGCCUGAGACGACAAGUGGAGAUGGACCUGCUGCUGAUGAAGGCAGCUAGCUUCCUUUUACACUGCCUACCUGGACUUAAGUGGCUUAGCCUGCCAGAAAUUGUCAGCGAGUUUGAAAAUCUCAUGACUAAACAGAUUGACCUUCGUUUUGAGGCCAAGAAUAUUGAGCGCUUUCGCGAGAAUUUCCGCAACGUCGACUACGUGAAGUUUCCUACUCCAUUGCGGCCUUUUGUCACCAGGACAAUUCUGGUCGAAACAUUUGAAGAGAGCGAGCCCAUCUCAAACUACCUUGGAGUAGAGACUCCACAGAAGGUGAAGCAGAAGAUUGCCAGGAUGGGAGUUGACACUCUGUUAAAAAUGGUUUUUGUGGAUAACUUCGUCCAUGCUGAUCUCCAUCCUGGCAACAUCUUAGUACAGCAUUGCGGCCCACCCGCGGGGUCCUCAGAUGUCCCUGCUGCAGACCAGGGGAAGACCACCCUGACCGACCUGUGGGAUACAGUGGUUGUGAGCGUCAGGCCCGAGACGUGUCCUUACCAGCUGGUGCUGCUGGACGCCGGCAUCGUGGCGCAGCUGAGCGGUCGCGACCUGGACAACUUCAAGGCUGUCUUCACUGCCGUUGUGCGGCGCCAGGGUGAACGAGUAGCAGAGCUAAUCCUCCAUCACGCUCGGGCUAACGAGUGCCAAGAUGUGCCACGCUUUAAGAAGGAGAUGGCCCAGCUGGUGGACGUUGCCCUCAGCAGCACCCUCUCCCUGGGAAAGAUCCAAGUAGCCGACUUGCUCUCUAGAGUCUUUGGCCUACUAAUCAAACACAAGGUGAAACUGGAAAGUAACUUUGCAUCCAUCGUCCUUGCUAUCAUGGUACUGGAAGGCCUGGGCCGCUCUUUGGACCCCAACUUGGACAUCUUGGAGCUGGCCAAACCGCUGCUGCUCAAAAACUGUGCCUCACUCGUAUAAACCAACACUAACACAUUCUUUCACUGACGCAUAAAUACCUCAACAAUUUCAAUCAUGGACAAACAAACAUUGAAGUGCAACAAGAAGAAUAUUUCCUCAUAUAGUGGUAGGGAAGGAUGGGAGUUUUUUAAUUGUGUGAAUUUUUUUCUCAAGCGCUACUUAAAGGGAUAGACAACAACAUGAUCAUGUUCAUCACAGCGGAAGAAUCUUGUUAAAUAAAGUGAAAGGACACGUUUUUUUCCUGAUGUGUAAUAGUGGGAAAAAAUGUGUCAAUAAAACCUAAUAUUUCACUAAAGUAGGCAAAAUAGGCUAAAUAAAUUCAAACCAUUUGAAACAAUCUGGUAAACAUUAACAUUAGAUUGCAUUUGAGCUAGCAGACUUUUAUUAUGCAAGUUAGCCAAUUGUUCUAUUGUAAGACCCUCAUUUAGGAAUUUUCUUAUCGUUUGGGGGUUAGGUCAGGCGUGCAUCGGACACCAGCAGUUUCAGCGUACUAAAAAUACAGGAUUUAGUUGAGCUUUAGUUCACGCUUGGACUCAACUAGCGCCUGAGCUUAGCCUCAAAAGAUUAAAAAAAAAAAAAUUUGGGUCUUACAAAAGAAUAAUUGGCUAACUUGCAUAGCAAAAGUCCGCUAGCUUAACUGCUAUAUAAUGCUAAUGUUUACCGGAUUGUUUAAAUAUAUGGUACUUUGUCAGUCAGUCAGUUUAUGUUUUAUGAUAGUGUUGGACAUAAGUGAUUUCUUGUUUAGCUUUUUUUUAUUUUUUAUAUUUUUUUACUUAGACUAAUUGGAGUAUGGCAUUUAUUUGAGCACAUGUCAGUAUUUGCGGAAACAAUACUGUAAAAGCUGUUUUGGAACUUUUUCAGAUUUUUUGGGAUGGUAGGAGAUUAAAUAUUUAUAACCCUUUAUAGGGUAAAUGACUAUUUUUGUAAUUUAAAAAAACCUAACCCUAUGAAAACCUGGCGUCAACAUAUGUGGACAGCACAUUUUGGGUCAUGUAGGUCACAACAUUAACAUUUAGUAGACCAUUGUGACCUAGCUGACCCUAAAAUUUGAUGUAUGCAUGUGUUAACACUAGGGUUGAGCAUCGAUGGGAUCCAGGACUAACACUCCGGUUGUCCCGGAACUGUUCGAUUUUUUAAAAUUUCGAUUCUAAGUUUGGACGCCCUAACCGCCGACUGGAAAAAAUAGCUGCCGAACACCACAAAGAAGAAGCCACAUGAAGACUAGCUCAAUUAUGAGCAAAUCAAACGAAGUGGCUAUUUUAGCUUAGCACAAAAACGUGUUGCGUCGCUUCACAUAAAUGACAACAAAGUAACAGAAUUAACACACUGAAAUGUUAAAACGUGCAGACUUACAGAUUGUGGUUUAUCAAGGGUUCCCAACGAUGUGUAGUGCAGAGGAGGUGUGUAGCGUCUGUACACCUCAAGGAUUCUUUUCCAGCAAAAGAAAAGUUAUUUUUGCCUGCUUCCAGUAAGUCACCACUAGGGGAAGGCAAGCGUACAUAGCAAAACCAAAACCAAACUCUAAAGUCUGGAGUUACAAUAGUGACAUUUUGUGGACGGAUGAAAAACAUCAGUUUAGAAAGAAACUUAAACAGUAGUCAAUUUAACUUAUUCACUCCCAGCCAUUUUCAUCAGAGCAAGGCCCUUCGCUCCCGGCCGUUUUACCGAAUUUUGACUGAUUUUGCAAGGCCCAUAGAAAAUUCUGUUCUAUUGCUAUAUAAACAUGGAACCCACCAAAAGAAAGACUCUUCUUUUAGCAGAAAAAAAUUAAGUUCAUAUCUUUUUCCAUUCUUUAGAAAUCAGCAUUAGAAAAUAGCUUAGUUUGAGCAAUUUUCCAAUUUCUGAUGAAAAAAGAGAAAACUAGCUUUUUGUAAACGCAUACAUUUCAAACAUAACUUUGACUUUAACACAGCUAUUUUUUUUGCCUUAGUUACAUCCCAAACAUCUGAAUGUUUUCCUUUUACAAAAUAUCAUAAGGAACAAGACAAAUAGAGCUUUUGAUAGCAAAGUAACAAUAUAUUUACACAUUACUACUGAGAUGACGCCGUUGUUGCCGCGUCAGCCGUGUAAACUUUUCCCUCAUCUUUGUCUGUCUCACAAAGAUGGAUUAUUUUUGAGUCUCUGCGGGGGUCUGCUUGACGAGCCCGCUGCACGGUGGUCCCAGUCGUUUUGCUCCGUCGUCCAGCGCCUGGCAUUCCAGGCGUCCUCUCGUUUUGUUCGGUCGUCCGCAGCCUGGCAUCAUGCCACCAGCGCUCCGACAGUGCUGCCCGGCCUUUCAUUGCUGUUGAAUCAGGUUGAGAGUCUUACAAAAUGCGCUACUGCCCUCCAGUGGCCAGUUUUAUUGCUUUAAAAUGGUUUUGGAGCUUUGUUUUUUUUGUUCCUCGGAUAGAGCGGAAGCUAUAAAUGCUUCUUGUAAAAAAACAAAACAAAAAAAAAACGCAAAAGACGUAUAAACACGUUUUUGGGACAAUGAAGCAUUUAAAAAUAUAACCUAUUUAUAUGAUUUUGGGAGCAAAUGAGUUGAGAUCAAGGGAUGGAACACUCCCCGCCUGACAUCUGCAAGAUGUCAGCCCUUAAAUAACUUUGAAAUACCACCUAAAACAAACGAUGCAAUAUAAUAAAUGCCUGCAGCAUAAGACACUCUAAAACAUAGGCAAAAGAAAAUGUGUAAAUGUUUUCUCUGUGAGCUUUUGAAAAAUGAACAUCUUUGUGAAAGUGCACUCCUGUGGAAAUUCAAGUUUAAAGACUGAUAUUUAUAUACAAGUUAAAAAUAGCCCUGUGAGAAAUUCAUAGCACAGUUAAAUGAAAAUGAAAAUUCGUAUAAUUUAAAAUUAAAUUAAUUAAUAAAAUUAAAUUAAUAUAAACUAUGCAAUUUUUUUUUACCUUGCCUUUCAAAAGAAUCUGAAUCGGAACCGUUCAAAUUCAAACGAUGCCCAACCCUAGUUAACACCAGGUCUGAAUUGUAAUUAUAUUCACUCAUUAACUGCCAGCCUCUACCAAUCUCGAUUGGACGUCUAGUGCCGUCAACAGCAACUGAGUUAGGGCCCUAUGAAGGGUUAAUGAGCUGUUUACAUUACACAAUACUGUAACAGGAAAUGGUAAAGGGAUCAACACCAUGCUAAAACAUGUCUCUUGUUUAAAAGACAAUAUCACAAUGGCACAAGGUCCAUUCAUUUAGCAUUUUAUUAAAUCUGUCAAUGAAAAACACAGACAACAGACGCACUUUUGUCAUCAGGAAGAACAGUCAGCAUGGCUGAGAAAAAGUGAAUGAAAUAAAGAAGUUUUGGUGCAAUCAAAAUAAAAUAUUACAUAUGCAAAAAAUUGAUUUUUUUUUUUUGUUUCGUUUGUGUAUUAAAUCACCAUAAAGAGCCCAGGUAGGGCAGCACUGAUCAGCUAGAUGAGGGACAAUAUCGGUGUGAAAAAAAUCUAAUAAUAGUUAUAUUAAUUAACAGCAAAAAAUCUCUAAUAGACAAACACAAUCACCUCAGUAUAAGAUUCUGUCACGGUUACGACAACCAGAGAAAAGCGGAAUUCUUGCUUUUUUUUGUCCUAGUUUUUGUUUUUUGAUGAAUUAAAUAUUUUUUUAUUUUUUGAAAAAUAUCUCACCAUUUACUUAUACUUUUUUUAUUGCAAAAAAUAGGCAACCGGACUAGUUGUGAUAAAUGGUUAAGGGGGAGAUACGGGUGUGUUGUAGGAAACCGGGGAGGGG